UCUGAUCCAACGGCCACGAUCUUCUACUUACUUUACAGAGGACGGUGUUGGAUGCUACUAGUCAGUAGGACAAGCUGUAGGGACUCUGUCUUUAUAUAAGAUUCUAUACUUUAGUGGUUUUCUCAAUCAAUCAUACUAUCAAGUUUUACCUGUACACGAGAGAAAAGGUCUAACAGACAUAAAAUACAAAUGAGCUCUGUGAGCAAGUUGCAUCUUUCGUAUUUGAUGGAGCCUAAUGGCCAUAGGAGAAUGAGAAGAAAGGAUGUUCAUAUUCAAGAAAAUGGUGACCAGAGUGAGUCAAAUGCAGGCGAAGAACUGGAUCCAUGGACUGCGUGGGCAUACAAGCCUCGUACAAUUUCAAUGUUACUUAUUGGUGCAUGUUUUCUUAUUUGGGUAAGUGGAGCCUUAGAUCCAGAAAGCAGUGCAUCUGGAGACCUUGUUUCAUCUGUCAAAAGGGGUGUAUGGGCAAUGAUAGCAGUUUUUCUUGCUUAUUGCUUACUCCAAGCCCCAUCUACGGUUCUUAUCAGACCACAUCCUGCAAUUUGGCGGUUAGUUCACGGAAUGGCUGUUGUUUACCUAGUUGCUCUUACAUUUGUACUUUUUCAGAAGCGUGAUGAUGCUCGGCAGUUCAUGAAGUUUCUGCAUCCUGAUCUUGGUGUUGGUAAUGCAAUCUUGAAACCGGUAAAGAAGGUCGGAGCAUUUUGCUGGCUUUCUGUUGCUAUUUGUAUUGUUGAACUUCUCAUUUGCAUCAAGUUUGGACAUGGAUUAUAUCCAAAACCAAUGCCAUUAUGGCUGGCUGUGUUUUGGAUGUCUGUUGGAACGGCACUUGUAAUAUUUUUGAUUGUUUGGUCUUGGCAACUGCAUCGAACUCUUGGGAGAAAGAGGCGAUGAUUGUUUCAUCGUGGUACUUCAUUCUUUGAAUUGCUUCCUGAAGAGUAUCAAUCCAUGAUGUAAAUGCUUAUCACUUUUAUAAAGUUAUAGUUGUACAUUCUGAUUCUCUUAGAUUAGUGGAUCACAGUUCCUUGAGUAGAGAUUAUUUAUUCUUUCUUGCUAGGCAUUGGAAAAUACUUUAAGGUCUCGUGAAUUACUGGUUUGCCACCAUUACUGGCAGAUUUUACCCAAAGUCCAAGGAGUCAAGGACCGAGCCAUUUUGAACUGAUGUUGUAUUGUUUAGUUUUCCUUCCAUCAUUUUAUAGAUAGUCAGUUUUUGUAAUAAUAUACCAAAUGAGUCAAGUUUGCCUUGUAAUGUGGCCCUUAUUUUGUCUGUGCAGUGCUUCUGUCUCCUCACCAAAGUUCAUGUUGGUAAAAUAAAGGUCAUUUUAUUAGCUAUGUACUGAGAGCAUCCUUUAUCAAAUCAUCUCUAUGAAAUCAUUUCCUGU